UCCACACAGGCGUUACUAAGCAAUAGUUUCCCAUAGCAACUGAAGAGACAACAGUAGGCAAAUCCCUAGUAGCAUCAUCUUCUCUGAAGCGGGACCAAGCGGAGCAAGGGCCCCAUCAGGCCAAGGAUGACAGCGCUGUGCGCCCAAGAGAGCAUAUAUAAUCUCCUACCCCGGGUGGAGGAGAAGCCUAUCAAACUACCAAGAUAUAUAUCAACAUUUAGACCAUCUGUGAAACAUGAAAUAGAAGAAAAUAAAGCUCCAUGGAAAACUAUGGGACCAGCAAAAAUUGAAGUACCAUCUCCAAAAAACUUUCUUCAGAAACAUUCAAAGGAACCAAAGCUACCAGACAGAAAAAGAGAUGAAGGAAGAAAGAGGUUACUAACAAUACCAUCAGUGCCACACGUGACAGAUCACCCACUUAUGGGAAUUCAAAGUAAAAAGAAUUUCAUAAAUACAAAUGCAGCAGAUGUUAUCAUGGGAGUGGCUAAGAAGCCUCAACCUAUUUGUGUUGACACAAGACAAGGAAACAAAUAUCUCCUUGAAACUUCAGGACUUGUCCCAAAAUACAUUAAUAAAAAGGAUUAUGGUCUUACUCCCAAAUACGUAAUUAAGCGAAAUGAGGAAGUAAAGAGAGCCCAAGAAGAGUAUGAUGCCUAUGUCAAGGAGACUCUGAGGCAAAAAGCCAUGAAACGGCUCUCUGAUGAAGAAAGGGAAAGUCUCCUACAGGGUCUGAAAAAGAAUUGGGAAGAGGUACAUCAUGAGUUCCAGGGCCUUUCUGUAGAAAUAGACACCUUACCAAAGAAGAUCCAUAAAGAAAGGCUGGAAGCACAGAUGAAACAACUGGAACAUGACAUUAAUAUAAUUGAGAAGCACAAAAUUAUCUAUAUUGCAAAUAAGUAAGAACUGCCUUGCAAAGAAUUUUUUUUACCCUGAGAAGAAAAUGUAGAUGCCUAGAAGAAGGAAAUGAAACAAGUCCACCUUAUUCAGAGAAAGAGAAAUAGCUAUUUUAUACAAAUAUAAUAGAAUUUUAGCAAGUUGUUACAUUUAAGGAAUUUUUCAACUGUAUAAUUCACAUAUUUUUUCAAAUAAAAUUCUAUAUUAUUUUCAUUUUCAAUA